CUUAGGACCUGUUUGAGGAGUGAAGGAAUAGAGUUGGCUAAGAUAGCAGGUCACCCCACUGGCAGCAUUCCACAUUUCCGCAAUUCCUCAGUAGACUUCUCGUUGACUUAGAAAGCUUCUUCUCUUCUUUCUUUCUUUUUUGUUCUGAUUUUUCGUUGGUGAAUAUGGAGUUUCUCUAUGUCAGCGUUGGGGCUUCCCUACAGGUACUUCUUGAGAAAUUUUCAAAUUUUGCUGUCAAGGAGUCGGAUCAGAUUUCGGAUGUUGAUGAAAAGAUCCAAAAGCUGAGAAGGACGCUACUGAUGAUUGAAAGCUUGGUUGAUGACAUAGACAGUCAGCGUUUGAUCAGCUGCGAAAAGUUAAGGCAAACCUGGCUCCAGGACGCCACGACUCAUAUCUUCGAUGCAGAAGACUUGCUGGACGAGAUCGAUCUUAUGAGACCAAACUCUGAUAAUGCAUCAAUCCUGGGUACCCACACUCAGGCACUCGGUAUUGUCUCACUUUUCAAGAAUUGGUGCACUCCACACAAGAUAUGCGAGAUUCAGAAGAAAUUGGAAGGUAUGUUAGAGGAAACAGACAGACGCUGCAUGAAGAAAAAGGAUCCACAUAGUCAUGCAACAAGCCAAAGAUCGCAUACUAGUUCCUUUAUAGAUGAAGGGUCUGUGAUCGGAAGGAAUGAGGAUAAAAGACAGAUAGUAGAGAUGUUAUUGUCGAUAGAAGGAGCCAAGGUGUCUGUUAUUCCAAUUGUGGGUAUGGGCGGAAUAGGAAAAUCAGCACUUGCUCAGCUAGUCUAUAAUGAUAAGGAUAUAGAGAAUUGUUUUGAUUUGAGAAUAUGGAUAUCUGUUUCUGUAGAUUAUGAUGUGGUGAGUAUUACAAAAUCCAUUGUUGAGUCUGUCAUGGAGAAGAGGUUGAAUUUGUCUGAGUUGGAUAAAAUUCAGGUCAAACUUCAAAAUAUACUGAAGAAGAAGAGGUUUUUAUUGGUGUUAGAUGACAUGUGGAAUGAAAAUAUUAGUCACAAUUUCUGGGAUGUAUUACGGAGUCCAUUUAGUGUUGGAUUGUCUGGAAGCAAAGUAUUGGUGACUACUCGAAGCUCAGUUGUUUCAUCAAUUUUUACCAUAACUGAUCCUUAUCAUUUGCAACCUUUAUCCGAUAAAGAUUGUUGGAAAUUGAUUGCGCAGAAAGCCCUCUCAAAUAAGAAUGAGGAUAAGAAGAAAGAAUUGGAAGUCAUUGGUGAAAAGAUAGCAGAGAAAUGUGGAGGGUUACCAUUGGCGGCCAAAACAAUAGGAUCUGCGUUAUGUUCCAAGUUUGCCAAAAGUGAGUGGGAAGCGUUGUUAGAAAACAAGCUCUGGGAUUUGCCUGAAUACAAAACUGAAGUCUUUCCAGCAUUAAGACUGAGCUAUAAUUAUUUGCCUGCUCCUUUAAAGAAAUGCUUUGCUUAUUGCUCCAUUUUCCCUCAUAAAUAUGAAUUUCAGAAGGAUGAGUUGGUCCAAUUGUGGGCAGUAGAAGGGUUCAUUCAGUCUCAAGGAGUGAAAAGGAAUGAAGACAUUGGUAAUGAUUACUUCGAUAACUUGUUGUCAAGCUGUUUUUUCUUUAAGGAUGUCAAUAGGUCUGGCCAACAGGUAUAUUCUAUGCGUGGCCUCAUUCAUGAGAUGGCUCGACUAGUUUCUGCUGACAUUUGCAUUCAAAUGGAGGAUGGGAUGACACACCUGCCCAAAUUCAUAAAUGCUCGCCAUUCAUCUUUGCUUUCUCAAAAUAUUCAGUCAAGGACCCUCAAGGAGUUCCAAAGAUGCAGACGCUUAAAGACAUUCAUGGUGUUUUGUGAAAGUGGACUUCGUGAUGACAAAUUCUUAUAUGCUCUUUUUGUAAAUUUUCAAUGCUUACAUGUGUUGAAUUUGAGUAAUACUGGAAUUUCUGAGUUGCCAGAUUCUAUUGACAAUUCAAAACGGCUUCGAUACCUUAAUGUCUCAAAGACAAACAUCUGGAAGUUGCCUGAAUCAAUAGCCUGUUUGUCUCGUUUAGAAAUACUUAAGCUCCAAGAAUGCCCAAAAUUCCUUCAGUUACCCAAAGACAUGAAGAACCUUGUUAAGCUACGCCAUCUUGACUUGAACAUAAAGCAACUAAGUUCUAUGCCAUCAGAGUUGGGAAAAUUAACCAAUCUCCAAACUCUUAGCGCAUUUAUUGUCGGAAAAUAUGAAGGGUGUCAAAUUGGGGAGCUUGAGAACAUGAGGAACCUUCAGGGAAGAAUUUGCAUUACAAAUCUUGAGAAUGUGCCUAAUGUUGAAGACGCUAAAAAGGCCAAGUUAGGCGAGAAACCAUACCUUGCCAGUUUGGAAUUGCUAUGGAAUGACCAAGGGGAUAGCAUCAAAAAAGGAGAGGAAGUCCUUGGAGGCCUUCGCCCUCAUUGUAAGUUACAAGCAUUGAAAGUAAUAAAUUAUAGUGGUAUCACAUUUCCAAGUUGGCUAGGUGAUCCAUCAGUACUUUGGAAGCUUGAGGAUAUUGAGUUGCGCAACUGCAAGAACUGCAAAGUUCUACCUACUCUUAGUCAUCUUCCAGCCCUAAAAUCCCUAUACAUUGAAGAAUUUGACUUGACAAAGUUAGAGCAUGAAUUUUGUGGGUCGGGCAUUAAUAAGGGCUUUCCAUCUUUGGAACAUCUAACAUUCUUUGACAUGCCAAAAUUGGUAAGUUGGGAAGGAAUAACUGCUAUGGACAUGCCUCGCCUUGGUACACUAAAAAUUUCUGACUGUCCAAAAUUGGGCAGCCUGCCUUCGCUUCACUUCCUUUCUUCCCUUGAAAAUUUAGACAUUAUGCGUUGUCCUGAACUUCAAUCACUGCCAGUAGAAGGGCUACCAAUUUCACUCAAAAAGUUGCUCAUUGAGGAGUCUGAUAUAUUGAAAGAAAGAUGCAGGGAGGGAGGAGCAGAUUGGAGCAAGAUAACAGCCAUUCAGCCUAUUCCCACGAUAGAGAUUGACUAUUAGGUGAUUCCAUUGCCAGGAUGAAUUAAUUGAGUUUCAAAGUUACAGAUUCUAGUGGUGGAAGCAGAGGAUGAAACUACUCUUCUAUUUUUUAUCCAUGCUGGUCAGGAAGAAGGAAACGAGGGCCAGUGGUGAUAGCAAUGGUGUUUUUGUACCGGUUUGUUUUGGAGCAUGCGGAUCGAGUGAUGGUUUUUGUUUGGUCUAUUUGUUGGUCUCUCUGACUGGAAUUUGGGAUAAUGGAGGCUUUUAUUUGUACGCAUGCUUUGGAAUGGAUGGUCAUGAACAGCAUUAUCGAGCAUUCCUGAUAUGAUAUUAGCAAUUUAUGUUUUAUUAGUUGUAAAUAUUGAGACAGGUAAUGUAAUCAAUAAUUGACAACAGUGACUCUUCUAUAUAUCUC